AUGGCGCGUAUCUACGGCAUACUUCUCAUCAUCGCUGUUGCGUGCAGCGGCUCCAUCAUCAGCAGCGACUGGGCGCUGACCGCAGCCCACUGCGUGGCGCACACCAGCCCGUGGCUCAUCAUGUUGCUGGCUGCCGGCGCGGGGGCCAGGUUCAGCGCCCUCCACUUCGUCAGCUCUUACGUACUGCACGGCGACUACGAUGCAUUCAGUCGCCGCUACGACAUCGCUGUGAUGCGUGUUUACCAGCCCUUCUUAUUCACCGACAUUGUCAAGCCCAUCGCCUUACCGACCGAUCAAGUGACCGCAGGAACUACAGGCAUGCUGAUCGAAUUCUGCCAUACGGCGGACGGCUACAAUGGUCCCGUGGUCACCAACAGCACGGUGCUGUCGUGGGACGAGUGUGACGCGAUGUACGGGCUGGCACUGAGGCCCACAAUGGUGUGCGCGGUGCCCACCGCUGACCGCGGACACGCGCCGAUGUGCGUGGCGGAGGCGGGCGGCGCGCUGGUGGCGGCCGACGGGGUGCAGCUGGGCGUGCGCGCGUGGCCCGGCAGCUGGAACACGCUCCAGCGCCCUGCCGACGUCUACGUCAACGUGGCCGACGUGCGCGACUGGAUACGCGAAGUCUGCGGCGUCUGA